AUGAUGAGUUCUUCUGGACGUCAUCGUGAUCCGUCAAGUAAUGUUACAACUCCAACAAAACACGAUGGAUCAUUUGCAGAAGAACAAGCAUUGGAUGCCAUUGCUCGAGAGGUGCCAGCCGAACUUCGUCUUCAACAUCAACGCGCACAGACUCGUGAAGCACGUGAAUUUCGCCAUAAAGAAUUAGAGAAAAUAGCACGUGAAGAUGACGGAAGUGAUUCGUCACAUAUUCCACAUACAUCGUCAACACCGUCUGCGACGAAUCGAACGCGUGGUUUAAGUAUCGACGGUGUUAGCGGAAAUAAUGCCAAUACAUUAUUAUUACAAAAAUUUCUCAAUGGUGAUACAGAUUUAAGAUCGAUAGAGCAAAGAGAUCUACGACGAUUAUUAAGUGAAUUAGAAACAAAAUAUAAACAAUCGAUGAUAUCAAAUUCAAGUUUAUAUAAUGAAAAACAAGCACUCAAAUUUCAAGUUGAUAGUUUUAAAGAUCAAAUUGAAGAUUUAACAGAAACAAUGAAUCAAAAUAAACGACAAUUGAGAGAGAAAACAAAAGAAUUUGAUUUACAAAAACGUACAUUGGCUGAUUUACAAAGUGAUUUUUUAAAUUUAAAACAAUUAUUACACAGUAGAGAAGAACUAAUUAAAGUAACUAAAAUGAAACAUAAUUGA